GGGGCUCUGGGGCUGCGGCUCUUCCUGCUGCCGCCCUCCUGGGCAGAGCGAGUCGGAGGGGCUGGGAGGGAACUGGCGGAGGCAGCUGCAGGCCAGAGGGCAGGGUUCUGCUCUCGGACCUUCUUGCCGGUUCCUCUGUCUGAACUUACACCUCUGGUCUCCUGGGGCUGGCUGCGCCGGGUUGUCAUGGCCAGGAAGGGGAUCAGUGACUCGUGAAUGAAGCCGGAGUCCCGAGGGGUGCCCAGUCCUUCCCUCAGGAUGCCUUCCCCGUUCUCACUUCUCUUCCCUCAGUGCUCCCUCCCUGGGAGGACUGCAUUUCCUCCUGGCCUUUCUGCCUUCAGGGGAACUGGUGCCUCCUCUCCCUCCCCCGAGCGUGAGUGGGGGGGUUGGGGAGGGAGGAGGUAAGCCUCCAAGACUUGUUUAGGCUCUCCGGGCCAGGAAAGGAGGGAGCCCUUUAGUGAGGGAACUCCGAUCUUUGGGCUUCUGGGCCUUUCACUGUGCACUCUCUCUGCAGAACCAGGUGCUAGGUAGAAGGGAGGAGCCGCCCUGGGCAUUCUGGGCCCCUCUCUGGCUCUGGGCCAGCGUCAGUGUCCUUGGAGUGGGUGCCGGGAGGAGCGCAGGGUCUUUGCCCAAGUGCAGCGAGCGAGGCCCACACAACGCUGGGUGGAGGAAUACGGCCCCCUGGGCCCAGUGGUGAGGGUGGGGGUGCCCUGGGAGCUUCCAUGCACUUGCAGGAGCGCAGUCAGGGUGAGGGUCCGGCGCACAUCAACAAUCACCGGUGGUCAAAUCCUGCUCUGCCGCUUAGUGGCCUCGUGGCCUCGCUUCUGUGAGCUUCAGUUUCUUCCUCUGCACUGGAAGGAUAAUCCGAGUCGGGGCUGUUGGGAGGGUAAGCACAACACCCGGCACCUGGUAAGUACUUCAUACGGGGUGGCCACGUUAGUAUGAUUCCUGUUGUUACUACGGCAAUCGUCUCCUUAAACAUUGCUUGUCCCAGAAGACAGGCCGGGCUCACUCGGUGGUUGUCUCUGAGGACUGGGGGGUGGGGGCCGGAGGCCUCUGCCUGGAGAAGGACGUGGGCGGAGAACACAGGCGGAGGCAUCGCCGGGAGGGCUACGUGGGAGCACGGGAGGGAGGCCGAGUCCUCCCUGCUGGCCGGCCUGUUCCCCUCAGCUGUUAGCGGCUUUCGCCCUCGGUCUCCAGCCCUGCCCACCACAGCGUGGCAUUUUGGUAGCUGGUUCCGGCUCGAGCGCCCUCCUCAUAUCCCUGGCACACCCACAGCCGUCGCCUGCUGGCGCUUGGAUCGCGCUUGGAGGCCCAGUAUGCCUCCUUCUGCACUGCUCUCUGGCCCAAACGCACCUCGAAUACGUACCAGGGGAAUACAUAGGUAUCUCUCUGUCCUGCUCCGAGUUCUAGAGGCAGGAAGAGUUUCUAACUGCGGGCCUUAUCUGCCUCCAGCCCGGCCAGAACGUGGCUUAUCUGAACGCCCGAGAGGUGGGGCCCCUAGCCCUACCCAGCUUUCCAGUUCUUUCAGUUCCCUUCCCAGGGCCUCCUGAGACACAGUGGCCGGCAUCUGUGCAGGGAUCUUACAGAGGGGAUUCUCACGGCUGCCAUUCCUGGUGAGCAGCUGGGGUGAGUGGCCCCUGGGAUGGGCCUGUGGGUCCUGGGCAUUGCCUUUCUGGGCACCCAGAGGAAUUCCCAGGCUGGGAGUGAGCUGAGAGCUGGCCACCAUGAUGGGUGAGUAGGUGCCUGGGCCAGCCGGAAGGGACUUAGGGAAGGUGGCCAGAGGUGGGGAGGCGGAGCCCAGAAAGCCUGUGAGGGGUGUCCUGGCCCCAGGAGGAAAGCAGAGGCGCCUGAAGAAAGGGAAACAGACCUCAAGAGGAAGGAGUUGCAGAGGGAAGGAAGGGGAGAGAAAGAGAAGGAUUUGGCAGGACACCUGGGUGGCUCAGUUAAGCAUCUGACUCUUGAUUUUGGCUCAGGUCAUGAUCUCGGGGUUGUGAGACUGAACCCUGCAUCAGCCUCCACACUCACUGGGGAGUCUGCUUGAGAUUCCCUCUCUCCCUCUGCCUCUCUCUCUCUCAAAUAAAUAAAUAAAUCUUAAAAAAAAAAAAAAAGAAGGAUUUGGAGGUAAGAGCACCUGAAGGGUCCAGUAUGGUGGGGACAAAGAGCUCCUGCUGAGUAGAAACAGGGAAGGACCAGCUGUAUGUGUCCGGUUGCACUGGUAAUGGGCCUAUGGAGGGUCCCGUAUGGGGAGCUAGAGAGGUACAGGGGCCAAUUGUAGACCAGGAGUGGGUGAAGGGGAGAGUGGGUGGGGGAGAUGCCCCAGGUGGGCUUUUGGGAUUCAUUUUAUUUUACCCAGAGUAAAGGAACCCUUCAGAGGCUGACCAGUAACUGAAGAGACAGGACCUGGGCUACACAGGGCACCCACCCCCAAGCCACUCUUACACUCCAUCCUUUGUCUCUUGUUUCCUUCUGAGGCCGACUUACUACUAUCUCAUUGGGAAACGGUUGGUAAGAACACCCAUCCACUGACUUGCAGAAUACAGCAAGGGAGGGAAGCCCAGGAGUCAGAGCCAAGGGAAGAAGUAAUCAUUGGGGUUGGCAAUGUGAGGUAUGGCACCCCUUCCUGGGUCCUCUGUUCAUCAACACUGGUGGGGCUCUAGCUGGAAGAUGGUGAGCCUGCCUUCCUACCCCUCAGGCCCCUCUGAGCAAAGGGGCAACUCGGCUGUGGGAGAUGGCAGAAAAUAGGUCUCGCUCUCCUUUCCAUUUGGGGUAAUCACUGCUCCAUCUUUCCUCUAGAAGUGUUCUCUAAAGGACAGAGGAGAAUCUAACAUUUGUGAUGGUCACCCUCCUUAGUGUGUAGUGACUACCUCACUGUCUAGAAACAGGGAAGGCAAAUAAUUCCAAGUCCUGAUUGUUCUAGAACUUUGGGUCUUCAUUGAGCCCAGGCUGCCAAAGGUAGAUUUAAAAACCUGAACCAAUAUCCCCCUCCUCCAAACUGAUACUAGCUUCUUUUUCUCCAGUUGGUCCAGGCACAAUGUGGAGCGUAUUUGAGGAAAUCACAAGAGUUGUGGUCCAAGAGAUGGAUGCUGGAGGGGAUAUGAUUGCUGUCAGAAGCAUCCUUGAUGCUGACAGAUUUCACUGCUGCUCUCUGGUGAGGGGGAGGAGAAAUUUCUGGGGGCACCAGUACCACAGGACAGACCUCACCCUGGAGGACAUACUGGAGAGAGGGAAGGGCAAAGGGCUGUUUGAUAAGCUGGGUUCUGGGCCCCAAGGUCAAAAGGCUGAGUUCCAAGUUCUGGACAUGGUAGACUCAAAGGGAAUGUUGACAGUGAAAUUGCCCAAAGAAAUAACAACUGUAGGGGCCUUCCACAGGUCCCACAAGCAGAGAGUCAAGAUAUUGGAGCCCCGGAUACCCCAACAAUAUCUGGAUUCUCUUGAGCACCGGGAGCUGAGGAGAAGACUCCCCACUUUGUUGCAAUCAAUCCGGAGAAUGAGAGCAGACCUGUAUCUGGUGACAGAGAUUCUGGAGAUGGCAAGGAAGGAAACCCUGAAAAGUGAACGGCUGUGUACGUUGUGGAGCCGGGUGAAUGCAAGGUUAGGACCCUGGGGGGCAGGGCCGGCGAGCAAACCAAGCCUUGACCCACCCAUGGUAGGUCAGGGGAUGCCAGCCCAGACCUCAGGCUCUUCAGCGCUUCUUCCAGACCUCCCUGAGCAAUCUCAGCUGCUCCUGGGCCUUCUUAGGCCUUCUCUUCUUGCUCCAAGAAAGUGUGUGUGGCAUUGCUGGAAGUCCUUGAGUUUAGAGGAUUUCAGAAACAUGAAGGAGAAGGAGCAGGACAUGACUCAUCUAGAGAUGGAGGGUCUAGCGGGUCUUCUCAUAAGUAGCCUUUUCAAUGCUGCUGGGUUCUUGGUAAAGGCACAUACAGAAUCCAUUCUGGAUAUCCUGGAUGCUUUGAUUACGUCUGAGGAGCAGCACCUUGUGGCUGAGGCCCUAGAGAAGGGGACCCUGCCCCUGUUGAAGGACCAGGUAAGACAAUCUGUCCUGGAGCAGAACUGGAGUGAGCAGCCCCAUGAUAUGGGCUGGGACCCCAACGCACGACUUCUCUGUGCCCUCUGUGUUGCUCUCUCCCUCCUGCUGCAGCUGGGUGAGAAGCCGACCUCGGUGCCUUCCUAACUAUAUGUUAGCCCUUGAACCAUUCUCCCCACAAGCCUCUGGGUGCUCCCCUCUCAGGCCAUCCCUGACCCCCAGCGCCCCGCCCCCCAUCACCAGAACAGUGUCUUUAUAACAAACAGCCAACUGUUUUUCAAUACAUCACUUCCCCUACAUGAUAAUGUCCAAAAGUCAGCCUGGAUUGUAUGCAUGGGCUUCUGACUAAAAGUGGCAGAUUGGUCAUAUUAAUUUUCUCUCCCUCUUGAAACCUCACUAAAUAAAGUAAAACAAUAGAAAAGAUGUAAACCCACAAUGAUAAAGAGAACGGGGCAGCAGAUAAGAGAUUCUAACACAUCUUUGGAAACUAGAAGGUAAUUAAAGGCAUUCAAGCCGGGAGGUGUGGGCCUGAGGGGAGUGGGGAGUGUGGGAGGAGACUGCUGUUCUCUCAUCAUGAACGUUUUCUCUUUAAUAUUUUUUAAGACAAGGUAAUUAAAAGUAAAAGAAAUAUAUGCUUGUUGUAAAGUAUUUCAAAUAUUUCUCAAAUUCAAAGGUGAUCUCCCCUUCUUCCUCUAAUAUAACCACUGUUAACAAUUUGGGGCUACGUUAACAGUCUUCCUGUGAAGCAGUGUCUAAAAUGGUAAUUUAAACAUGAAGCUAGGAUGAUACAACAAAUUUGAUUUCUGUCUUUGGUACUCGAGUUGUUUUUUCUUUUAGAUUGGUAAAAAUAUUAUAUGCAACAGGAAUUCUCAUAAGUGCUGUUGGGAGUGAACUGCUUUAGAAAAUUGUUUGACGGUAUCUGCUAAAUCUAAACACAUGCCUAUGAGCCAGCCACUCCACUUCCUAGGCACAUACCCAAGAGAAAGGAGUGCAUGUCUCCACCAAAAGACACGCAUAUACAAAAACAUGAGCAUAAGAGCCCCAAGCUGAACACUACUCAAAUGUCCAAUAACUUUAGGAUGGAUACAUAUAUUGUGGCAUAUUUAUGCAAGAAAGGAGAACCAAUUACUGCUACACAUAACAAUAUGGAUGACUUUCACAGACACAGUGCUAAGCAGAUAAAUCCAGACACAAAAGAACAUAUUUAUGUUUGAGUCCUCUGAGAGGCAGGUGCCAAAAUAGAAUUGGAUGUGCAAAAGUCUUAGUAAGGGAAGAGCCUGUGAAGAAUAAAGGGCGAGGGAGCAGGAAUGGCAAGGCUUCAAUGCAGGUCUAAAACGUAUGAAAGGAGAGAAGGAGGGAAGGAUUGAGUAGGAAGAGUCUCAGACUGUAGGGCACUUCUGAGAGUCUCUUUGCUCAGACCUGAGCAGAGGUGGUCUACUGGAGGAGUCCCCAUCAGGCAGGAUUGGCCAGGCUCUAAUAUCCACCCCCAUGCUCAGCCUUUGGCUAGAAGCAGCCCAGGAAAGCUUGAUCUCAGGAGGGAGAUCUACAAGGCAGCAGAUAGAGGCUCUUAGUUAACUGUGCUUCCUGCAGCAGGUUCUCUUAAAGAAAAUCCUCCAUGACCACCACAAUACUGUAUGAUUCCAUUAUAUGAGGCUCAAGAGCAGGGAAAACUAAGUAAUGGUGGUAGAACUCAAAAUAGUGGUUAUCUUAGUGUUUGAAUAGUCUUAACUGAGAAGAGGCAUAAGGGAAUCUUCUGGGGUUCUGGAAAUAUAUAAAGACUGAUUGUGCUAACAUUUAAAUCAGUAUACUUCACUGAAAUAUUUAAAAAAAAUGUUUCCUCUCAAAUCCCUUUACCCUAUAACAUAGUCCCACUUUCUUUAGAUAGUCACUAAACUUUAGUUCUUGUUAUUAUUUAUUUAUUUUUAAAGAUUUUAUUUAUUUAUUUGACAGAGAGAGAGACAGCGAGAGAGGGAACACAAGCAGGGGGAGUGGGAGAGGGAGAAGUAGGUCUCCUGCCGAGCAGGGAGCCCGAUGCGGGGCUCGAUCCCAGGACCCUGGGAUCAUGACCUGAGCUGAAGGCAGACGCGUAACGACUGAGCCACCCAGGUGCCCCAGUUCUUGUUAUUAUUUAGUUUUAGUUCUUGUUAUUAUUACAACUAAAAAUGAUAUUCUUAUAUUUGUUCUUGAGUUAUUAAUUUUAGAUAGUAUUUAUUAAUGUCCCAGUACUAAGGAAGAAUAUUGUGAAGAACAGACAUUGAACAAGAAGUACAAACUAGGAAGAAUGUUAUUUAAAAAAUACAGGGUACUUAUGAAAGUGUUUAGUGAAAGAUAACAGGGUGGUUCCCUCUUACCUCUGACAUUGUCCCCUUCCCUCUUCCUUAAAUUCGGAUUCCAGCCACACCAAACUAUUGGCCUUUUAUUUGAACAUCUACUUGUACAAUGACAUGCUUGCCUGCUUAUUUAUUAUUUAUUUAUUUAUUUAUAUUUUGGGGGGGAAAUUUUAAGUUAUUUAUUUAUUUAAGUAAUCUCUAUACCCAAUGUGGGGCUUAAACUCAUGACCCCGAGAUCAAGAGUUGCAUGCUCUUCCAACUUAGCCAGCCAGGCGUCCCUACCUUUCCCCACCUUAUCCGUCCUUUAAGCUACAGUUCAAAUAUCUCUUCUUCAGUAGUCAUCCCAGUUACCCAAAGAAUUGGGUUACUUCUUCUGUAUGGCCCAUAACACAUUAAAUACAUCUCUACUAUGGCACUCAUCAUAUUGUACUGAAAUUAUCAGUACAUAUGUCUGUUUCACUGAUGUGAAAGUUACUGGAGAACAGGGUUGAAAUCUAACUUUUCUUUGCUAGGGCUCUGUAAACAACUGUUUUCUUCAGAAGUACCUUGGAGUUGGUGGAAGAUUUGGGAGACAGAUCCAGAAUUUCAUGAGGCUGGCUCAACUUCAGAACUACCAAUUGCCACUAGGAAAUUUUGUUC